AUGUCUCUCCCUAUUCGUUCAUUGCCUCGGUCUUUCCUGCGCUCUUACGGCACGGUGCAGGGGUCCAGUGUGCUGUCCAGCCAGACUCAGAUCCCGCUCACCUUGACUGAUGCGACGGGAGCAACUGCCCCACGCACUACGUGGACUCGAGAUGAAGUCAAGCAAAUCUAUGAGACCCCAUUGAAUCAACUCACCUACGCCGCCGCUGCCGUCCACCGUCGCUUCCAUGACCCCUCCGCCAUCCAGAUGUGCACCCUGAUGAACAUUAAGACGGGUGGAUGUAGUGAGGAUUGUUCCUACUGUGCCCAGUCCUCGCGACACAACACCGGUCUCAAGGCCACCAAGAUGAGCCCGGUGGACGAGGUCUUGACCAAGGCGCGCAACGCCAAGGCCAAUGGCAGCACCCGGUUCUGUAUGGGGGCAGCCUGGCGAGACAUGCGCGGUCGCAAGACGAGUCUCAAAAACGUCAAGCAGAUGAUCACCGGCAUUCGGGAGAUGAACAUGGAGGUGUGCGUGACCCUGGGCAUGAUCGACGAGCAUCAGGCCAAGGAGUUGAAGGAGGCUGGCCUCACCGCAUACAAUCACAACCUCGACACCUCGCGUGAAUUCUAUCCAUCCGUCAUUACCACCCGCUCCUACGACGAGCGGCUGAAAACCCUCUCCCACGUCCGGGACGCCGGGAUCAACGUCUGCUCGGGAGGUAUCUUGGGAUUAGGAGAAGCCGAUUCCGACCGCAUUGGGCUCCUGCACACCGUUUCCAGCCUACCCGCACACCCGGAAUCCUUCCCCGUCAACGCGUUGGUUCCCAUCCCCGGAACGCCGCUUGGCGACCGCAAGAUGAUUUCCUUUGACCGCUUGCUCCGAACCGUCGCGACCGCCCGGAUUGUGAUGCCGGCCACCAUUGUGCGCCUGGCGGCGGGUCGCAUUGCCCUCACCGAGGAGCAGCAAAUCGCCUGUUUCCAGGCGGGUGCCAACGCGGUCUUCACCGGUGAAAAGAUGCUGACCACCGACUGCAACGGUUGGGAUGAGGACAGUCUUAUGUUCAAGAAGUGGGGAUACUAUCCCAUGAAGAGCUUCGAGAGGGCCAAGCUGAGAGUCGACCCUGUAACGGCGGAAAAGGAAGCCGAGGUUGCUGCGCCGGUCGCAGCUAGCCCUUCGGCCUAG